GAGAGAGAGAAAAAGUGUGGAACCAAUAAUGGGGAAGGGAAGUCAAAAUCGGCACUUAACAAGGAUCAUAUCAUAUCCAUAGGUUAGGUUUUUAGGUCAUUCUUUCUUCAUUCAUUAACAAUCCUCACAGAUGAAUCGAAAUCGUUUUUCUAAUAGAUCCCUCUCCUUUCUUUUCUCAUCUCUAUAGAUAGAUUUCCAUAACCCAAAAUGGGUGCUAAUCAGUCGGCACAACUUGAUGAAGAUGAAGACGAAAACGAAGAAGAAGAAGAAGAAGAUGAUGAUGAUACAAGAACACCAUUGUUGGUCACCAACAAUCUUGUCAAGAAAGUUCUAGAACAAGAGCCGGAAAUGCUACCCUGUCACGCCUCCGCUUCCCCUCUAUCCCCUCAGCUCUCUAAUUUAGGCACGCCGCGUCUUGGUCCUUCGAUUAAGGUAUGGGAUCCUUGCAAUGUCCUUGCUCCGCCUCCAUUACCUCCUCCUCCUCAAUUUACAAGGACCACCUUCUCCUACGACGCAAUUCACGAUGAUCGGACUAUUACGGACCUAUACUUGAUUACUCAUGGCGACUGGCACAUGAAUUUGAGGCCUGAUCUCAUUGCCGGACGAUGUCCUGAAGCGGCUCUUACUCCUAAUGGGAACCGACAAGCCAGAGCUUUGGCUGUGUUCCUGAAAUCCCAGGGGAUUCGGUUCAACGCCGUGUAUUCAUCGCCACUGGAUCGGGCCAGAGCGACUGCAGUUUCUGUCUGUCAGGAGAUGGAUCUGAUGGAAGAACAGAUACAAACAAGUGAGGCACUUAUCGAAAUAAGUCAAGGUGACUGGGAAGGCUGCCAAAGAUCGGAAAUUCACACUCCCGAACUAUCAACCCUAAUGGAGAGAUUCCAACCGGAUUUUUCAGCACCAUCAGGAGAAUCACUAAGACAGGUUCAAUUUCGAAUGAUCCAGUUCUUAAAUACAACCAUUCUUAGUCUACCCGAGAAAUUGUCUUCAAAACCCCAAUUGGAUUUAUUAGUUCAUAGACAACAACAUUGGCAUGGGCAUGGGGGUGGUCCAAGGAAGAAGUCGGGUAAGAGUAGGCUUCAGAUGAUUAUGACGAAAACCGGAGGUGGUGGUGGCGGUGAUAAUGAAGCUGACGAUGAGAUGUCUCCACGAGUAGCAACAACAAUCACCGGAAAAGUAAAUAAUAAUAAUAAUAAUAUUAUUAGAUCAAGUAAUGUUGUUGGGACGAAUUCAUCAGCUAUUGGCAUUUUCAGUCAUGGGUUGCCGAUUAAGUGUGUUAUUAUGGGUCUGCUUGGAUGUAGUCCGGUUAUGUCGAAUAUGAUAUGUGUUGAGGAUUCUUCUGUUACUUUGCUUCAACAUUCAUGGAAAAUGGGGUGGCAGAUUAAGAGAUUGAAUGAUACUUCACAUCUUAGGCUUCUCUAAUACUUGUCUUAAUUCUUUUAGGAAGUGGUUUUGUUUUAUGUAACAAUUAUGGUUAUAUAUAAUAUGAGUUAUUCUUUCUUGUUGGUAGUAGUAAGUUUGGUCAAAAUGUAUUUAUCAAUGGGGAACAUCAAAACAUUGAGCUCAAAGCUCCUAUUUUGUCACAUUAUAAUGAAAGAUCAAAUUGAAAGA